UAGGAAUUGCGCCUGCGCUUGGCGGGACCUUUACCUCCCUCCACCUCCUCUCCGCAGAAUUGUAGGACACGUGCUUCCGAGUAAAAUGGAUGGUCAGGCUGGAGAGAAGACUGAGCCUAAUCUCGUGUCGCAGGAGCAGAUUAAAAAGGCUACAGAAGCUUUGUUGAGUUAUACAAAGAAGAAACAAAAUGAUAAUACAUUGCUUUUGAAUGAGAAUGAGAAUGUAUUUUUAAUGGUGACAUUAUGGAAAAUUCCCCCAAAGGGAAAAGAAAUCAGAAUACCUUUGCCACACGGUAUCAGACCCGAUUCAAAAGACAUAUGCUUAUUUACCAAGGAUGAAUCCAAUUUAACUUCAGAACAGACAGAACAUUUCUAUAAGCAGCUUUUGAAAAAGAAGGGGAUUACAAGCAUUACUGAGGUCAUCCCUUACAAAAGACUAAAACAUGAAUAUAAACCUUAUGAAGCCAAGCGGCGCCUUUUGAGUAGUUUUGACCUUUUUCUUGCUGAUCAAAGAAUUAGACGACUUUUGCCCUCACACAUAGGAAAGCAUUUCUAUCGAAGAAAGAAAGUACCUCUAGCAGUAGACCUCACGACCCAAAAUUUGUUGGAACACAUCAAUAAGAUAGUCCAGGGAACUACAUUGACUGUCACUAAUCAUGGUUGUUGCAAUACAACACGUGUGGGUCACACUGGAAUGCCUGUAGAUCAUCUAGUAGAAAAUACUGUUGCUGCUAUAAAAGUGCUUUCAGAAAAGCUGCCAAUGAAGUGGGAGAGUGUAAAAAUUCUACACCUGAAAACAGAAAGAUCUCUUUCCCUUCCAAUCUUUUCUUCAUUUGUCUCCCAUUUGGGGACUCAUCAGAAAAGUAAGAAUCAAAAUCAAGGCAAAAAAGCGGCCUCAAAGCCUGCCCAAACUGCAGUGAGGCCUGAUGGUGAAGGUAAUUUGGAAGGUCAUGGGCUUGAGGCCACAAAGGAUAGCAAAACAGAACCUGAUUCUGAGGAUGAGAUUCCACAGCUAGUUCCAAUUCAAGCAACAUCUCCUCAAAAGCUCCCAGAGAAAAUAAUCCUAAUUAAGGAGUCUACAGGAGAGAGUCUCAGCCCUGAAACGCCACAAGCUAAAACUCCUGGUAAAAAGAGAAAAGCCUCCAUGGCUUUGGAUACUCCAAAACAGAUUAAGAAAGGUUCCACAGAAUUGAAGAAGACUCCAGCCACUGGCAAAGUAAGAAGCCAAAGACCCAUCCCUAAGAAAACACAGAAAGAAAAUAAUUCUUCCCUAGAGGUUAAAGCUCUGGAGAAGACUCCCAAGAAGCCACGACCCAAGUCAUUUACUACUCACAAUAAAGUAGGAAAAAUUAAGAAGUCAGCUACCAAAGCUCCCCAAACUCCAAGACAAAAGCAGAAAAAAACAAAAGUCACCCCCAAGUCAACCUAGGUAUCUUUUUUUUUUUUUUAAUUUUUUCUU